UCUACGUCAUCACGUCGCCUUACGUUCUGUACGUCGCUGGACUUUGACACACGCUGUGGACGAGCUGCAACUGGAGUGGAAGUUAGCAAACCACAGAAACAAGACUGUUCUACUAAAUAGCACCACUCAUUAAGGUCAAACAUGGCUCUCACACAAGUGUCCUCCAACAAAUGUGCCGGUGGUUUCCAGAAAGUAUUUGAACAUGAAAGCUCAGAGCUGAAGUGUAAGAUGAAAUUUGCCGUCUACCUGCCUCCAAAAGCUGAGACGGAGAAGUGUCCAGUGAUGUACUGGCUGUCUGGGUUGACGUGUACGGAGCAGAACUUCAUCACCAAGGCGGGCAGUCAGCUGGCCGCCGCAGAACACGGCAUCAUCAUUGUCGCUCCAGACACGAGUCCACGUGGCUGUAACAUCGAAGGCGAGGACGAGAGCUGGGACUUCGGCACCGGAGCCGGUUUCUACGUGGACGCCACCCAGGACCCCUGGAAGACCAACUACCGCAUGUACUCCUACGUGACGGAGGAGCUCCCGAAGCUGAUCAACGCUAACUUCCCCACCGACCCGGACAGGAUGUCCGUCAGUGGUCACUCCAUGGGCGGACACGGAGCGCUCAUCUGCGCCCUGAAGAACCCUGGGAAAUACAAGGCCGUGUCUGCGUUCGCUCCCAUCUGUAACCCGGUCCAGUGUCCGUGGGGACAGAAGGCCUUCACUGGAUACCUGGGCUCAGACCGGACCACGUGGGAGGCAUACGACGCCACGGUCCUGGCGGCGUCGUACUCGGGACCUCAGCUCGACAUCCUGAUCGACCAGGGCCGAGACGACCAGUUCCUGUCUGCCAGUCAGCUCCUGCCCGACAACCUGAUCGCCGUCUGCUCCGAGAAGAAGAUCCCAGUGGUGUUCAGGCUGCAGCCGGGCUACGACCACAGCUACUUCUUCAUCUACUCCUUCAUGAACGACCACAUCAAACACCACGCCAAGUUCCUCAACGCCUGAAGCCCAGCGGAGGCAACGACCGUCAGAUCAGCGCCGACGCACAGGACGAAGCCCACCCAGACUAGAACCGAAGUGGACCCAGACUAGAACCGAACCCAAACUAGAACUGAACCCAGACUAGAACCGAACUGAACCCCUAAGGUUUAAUAGUUUAACUCCAGCUGCAGCCGUUUUCAGUCAGUUUUAUUUCAGUGUCUUUGUUUCAUGUGAUUUAAAUUCAGUCUGAUUUGUUUAAACUCGUCCAUGUUUCAUUAUUUGCGUCUGAUCAUGUGAUUGUCGGUCGGUGUUUGUUUGUUUGGUGCACAGGCCGUCGGUGCCACAGCUGUAUUUUCCAAAAUAAACUCUUGAAAUAUUCA